AUGUCAGCCAUGUUAAAUUACGGCCCCUCGCCCUUCAGCUGCCCCUGCGGCACUGACAACGGCCGCUGCAGCAGGGCCAGCUGGCCCCGGGCUGCAGCCGCUCCUGCUGCGCCAGUCAGUCAGCGAGCGCGGGGAACCGGACGCCCCGUUACAGCAGCCAAAGCAACGACGGAUGGCGGCGGUGGUGACCGCAGUAGCAGCAGUACGGCGGAUGUGGGUGGGACAUCACCACACCUGGAACAAGCGGCACUCGGGGCCGAUGGGGGGCCCCAAAACACAGCUCGGACCGACACGACUCUGGGGACGUCCGCCGGGAAAGAGGCGCCUGAAGGCCAGAAGAAAAGAGACGCCGUACAGUCCGAGUACGUAGAGGAGUACGAGACGGUGUACGAGACAGAGACGGAGGAACGCGGCGGCGGGGCUGGUCCUGACGCGCGGCUGGCUGGCCGGCCGAGUGCGACGGCGGCCCCGGGAGGACCGGCGGUGGCGGUGGCGGAGGCGGCGGCGGCGCCGUUAGCGACCGCGCUCGGAGUCGGGAGUACAGCAGCUGAGGUGGCGACACUACCGGCCCGGGAAGCUGCUGUACAGCAUCAGGCUUCCCUGACGGCCCCCCUUGCCGUCGUACCGCCGACGCCGGCGCCACUGCCGUACGCUGCCGCCAGCGGCUUCCCCCCUGGCGCCGCCGUGUUUCUUGGCGGCAGCAGUGUUGGCGGCUGGGCUCUGGCUGCUGCGCUGCUGCUCGCGAUCCGCAUGAGCCGCCAGCGGGCGGAUGAGGAGAGACUGGACUUGCAGGCAUUGCAGGAUCGUCAGGCGGAGGGUAGGCAGCUGGGCACCGAGCUCCGAUCCCGACGUAAGGCCUAUCUGGAGGAGGAGAGGAGGCGGCUGGAGGAGGAGGCGGCCAAGAGGGUGUCGGAGGCCAGGGCUCGUCAGGAGGAGGAGGCCCGGCUGGCGGCUGAGAGGCAGCGGCAGUGGCAGGAGGAGGUGGCCAGGGAGGCGCAGCGCAUGCAGGCGGCGGUGACGGCAGCGGCGGCGAUGACUGGGACGAGCUCAAAGCCGUACGAGUCGGCGGCAGCUGCAGUGGAGGGCGCGGCGGAGCUGGCGGCUACGGCCGGUACAGCCCCCGCCGCAGUAGCUGGUGACGAUGAGGAUCUAGUUGCGGGGGAGCUGAGGCACUGGGCCCGAAUGGCGCACUUGCAGCUCCUAGCCAGCUGUCGUCAGCUCGUAUGUCAGUUAGCUCCCCUCCUCGGUCCGGGGGAGAACCUGGAGCAGGAAUUCCAGUGCCGCAUCAGCCGCCAGGUGCCGCCAGCUGUGCUGCCGCCAGAGGUGGUCGCCGCCUCCGCCGCUGUCGUACUGCCGCCAGCUGUCGCACCGUCGUUGCGUCACGCCGCCGCUGCCGCCAUCUCCGGACAGCUACAGCUCGCCGUCGACGUCAUCGACGGGAUCAUCGCGAGGGAGGAGGAGGCGGCGGCGGCGGGCCGCGACGGCGCUGCAAACGGCGCCGCGCUGCCGCCGCUGGCGGUUGCGGCGCUGCUGUACGCCGAGGUGAUGGAAGCUGCAGGUUACGCGCCGUCACCGCCGCCGCCAACGUCGCCGCCAGCGGCGGAGGACACGGCCUCGUCCACAGCUUCCGCUACUGCGGACUCUAAGGAGGAGGAGCGCAGCGAAGGGGCUGGCGUCGGCGGCGUCGGCGAUGGUACGGCAUUAGCGGGGGCGGCGUCAACUUCCUCAACGGGCUCCCUGGAGCGCUUGGCUCGUUACCAGCUGAGUGAGAGGGCUCGGGGUGCGCCUCCGGACAGCCUCAUGGUGACGACUCAGCUCCUUCGUCUGGUGCUCCCCGGCGGCCCCCGGCACUCCGUGUACGGCAUAAUGGAGAAACUGGCGGAAAACAACAUGAGUACGGCAGUACGGCAGGCCAUGCAGAUUCGGCGGCAGCGUACGGCGCUGGAGGCCCAGGCGGUAGCAGUGCUACAGCAGCAGCGGGGCGGGACGGCCCUCUCGGGACGGGGGGGAGCGCUGGUGGUGGGGCCGGGAGGGGAGGCGGAGGCGGCACGGGGCGCUCUGGUUCCGGUUCCGGAGCGGCUGUGGGCCACCCGCAAUGUGGCCAACAACCUGAUGAGGUUUGGGGAGCCGCUGCAAGUGGGGGAGGCGGUGGGCAUGCUGGAGGAGGCGGUAUCAUUGGCCCGCCGCCACUACGGCGACCGCCACCCGGGUCAGCUUGCCGUACUCCUAGACUACCUGGAUGCUCUGGCCGCGGAGGCCGCCGUACAGUCAAAGAUUGCCGUACAAGACGCACCGUCGUCAUCAACGAGGGCGGCGGCGAGGGCGCUGGAAGUUGAGGGCGGUGGUGGCAGUCCAGGGGUGGCGGCUCGGCGAGCUCGCGCUGCUGAGGAGCUGCUGGAGGUGGUCCAGGUCCUAUGCGAGCGCUACCAGCGCAGUCCUGACCCCCUGAGCUGCGUGCUGCUGCUGGAGGCCGCUGUGGCGGAAGUGACACCCGCACUACGGGCCACAUCUCUACCCGGACGUGGGGGUGAUGACGGUCCGACGGGAGGGUCAGCUACCUUCGCUGUUGAGGCGGUUGGCUCGGGACUUUACGGAGGAGCUGGCGGCGUACGGCAGGAAGCGUAA